ACCCCUCCCCACCCACGAUGGUCCUUGUCCAAUUCUUCACAGGUGGGGCUGCUGGUCAUAGGUGGGGCUGCUGGUCACGGGUGAGGCUGCUGGUCACGGGUGGGGCUGCUGGUCACAGGUGGGGCUGCUGGUCACAUGUGGGGCUGCUGGUCAUAUGUGGGGCUGCUGGUCACAGGUGGGGCUACUGGUCACAUGUCGGGCUGCUGGUCACAGAUGGGGCUACUGGUCACAGGUGGGGCUGCUGGUCACAGGUGGGGCUGCUGGUCACAAGUGGGCUGCUGGUCACAGGUGGGGCUGCUGGUCACGGGUGCCUGGUGCUGGCGGCUGGCGCUGGAGCUAGUGCCUGGUGCUGGCGGCUGGCGCUGCGGCUGGCGCUGGUGCUGGUGCCUAGUGCUGGUGGCUGGCGCUGGAGCUGGUGCUUGGUGCUGGCGGCUGGCGCUGGUGCUGGUGCUUGGUGCUGGCGGCUGGCGCUGGUGCUGGUGCCUGGUGCUGGCGGCUGGCGCUGGCGCCUGGUGCUGGUGGCUGGCGCUGGUGCCGGUGCCUGGUGCUGGCGGCUGGCGCUGGUGCUGGUGCCUGGUGCUGGCGCUGGUGCUGGUGCCUGGUGCUGGCGGCUGGCCUUGGUGCCUGGUGGUGGUGGCUGGCGCUGGUGCUGGUGCCUGGUGCUAGCGGCUGGCGCUGGUGCUGGUGCCUGGUGCUGGCGGCUGGCGCUGGUGCUGGUGCCUGGUGCUGGCGGCUGGCGCUGGUGCCUGGUGCUCGUGGCUGGCGCUGGAGCUGGUGCCUGGUCUUGGCGGCUGGCGCUGGUGCUGGUGCCUGGUGCUGGCGGCUGGCGAUGGUGCAAUUCCGCCGCCACUCCCUUCCCCCUUUUCCUCUCUCCCCCACAUCAUUCCGCCGCCACUCCCUUCCCCCUUUCCCUCUCCCCCCCACAGCGUUCCGCCGCCAAUCCCUUCCCCUCCUCCCUCUCCCACCCACAGCGACCGCCGCUGCAUACGCGAAUAGUCGCGACGGGGUGGGGUGACAAGCAAGGGGCCGGGGGAAUGCGACGGGCGGAGCGAGGCGAUGGGAAGGAAGAAAACGGGACGGGGGGGAAAGGGCCGCGGCGACGGCCACCGUCGCUAUCCCCUUCAUUCCCGAUGCCGUCCCCUUCAUUCCCGAUGCCGUCCCCCCCCCCUUCCCCUCUCUUGCGCAAACUCGGCAGCAGGCGUAGGCGCGGGCAGAGCUGGUGA